UAUAUAACUAAUGGAGCCGGCAGUGGGGCAGGGAGAGCGAUACAGGAGCCGGGCAGUGAGAGGGGCAAUAGUAAUACCAGGCAGGAGCCGAGAAGGGUAGGCAGUGAGUGAGUGCGAGGCAGUACAGUGAGCGGGGUAGUGCCAGGCAGGGCAGGAUGAAGCAGACCCAGAUGCGCUGGAGGUUGCCCGCGGUGUGCGCGCUGUGGCAGUUGCUGAUGAUCAUCCUGUUCGGAGUGUUUGUGCGCUAUGAUGAGGAGGCGGACGCGCACUGGCCACAGACACGGGUCUCACACAACAUCAGCAGCGACAUCGAGAACGACUUCUACUUCAGAUACCCCAGCUUCCAGGAUGUCCAUGUCAUGAUCUUUGUCGGCUUUGGAUUCCUCAUGACGUUCCUGAGAAAAUACGGAUUUGGAAGCGUCGGAUUCAACUUCCUGAUCGCGGCCUUUGGAAUCCAGUGGGCACUGCUGAUGCAGGGCUGGUUCCACUCGCUGGACCCGACCGACGGCAAGAUCAAGAUUGGCGUGGAGAGCCUGAUUAAUGCUGAUUUCUGUGUGGCCUCAGCGCUGAUCUCCUUCGGGGCAGUGCUCGGGAAGGUCAGCCCAGUGCAGCUGAUGAUCAUGACACUGUUUGAGAUGACACUGUACGCUGUCGACGAAUACAUCCUCCUGAAUGUCCUCGGGGCCCGCGAUGCGGGUGGCUCUAUGGUGAUCCACGUGUUUGGGGCCUAUUUCGGACUGGCUGUCACCAGGGUGCUGUACCGGCCCCGACUCGAACAGUCCAACAACACAUCCAACUACCACUCUGACCUCUUCGCCAUGAUCGGAACGCUGUUCCUGUGGAUGUUUUGGCCGAGCUUUAACUCCGCCAUCUCCCACCACGGGGACGGGCAACACCGCGGGGCCAUCAACACCUACUGUGCCCUCGCCGCCAGCGUCGUCACCUCCAUUGGGCUCUCCAGCCUCUUGGAAAAGAAAGGCAAAAUCAACAUGGUGCACGUGCAGAACGCCACACUGGCGGGAGGGGUGGCGCUGGGAACGGCCGCGGAGAUGAUGCUGUCCACCUAUGGAGCGCUGAUCGUGGGCUUCAUCGCCAGCACCGUCUCCACCCUCGGCUUCAUCUUUCUCACGCCGCUGUUGGAGCGAUACCUGAAGGUACAGGACACGUGCGGUGUCCACAACCUGCACGGAAUGCCCGGCAUCAUCGGCGGCAUCGUGGGGGCCAUCACUGCAGCCGCUGCCACCGAGGAGGUGUACAGCGCCGAGGGGCUAAGGGCAUCGUUUAGCAAUCGUGACCGGAUGCCCAGUGUCCAGGGCGGCUUCCAGGGCGCAGCUCUGUGUGUCUCUCUUGCCAUCGGGCUGGUGGGAGGAACCAUCGUGGGUUUUAUUCUGAAGCUGCCGCUGUGGGGAGACCCAGCCGAUGAGAACUGCUUUGAUGAUGAGGUGUACUGGGAGGUGCCAGAGGAGCCAGAACCAUCACACAGUAUCAUCAUCUCAGAGGUGCCAAAGAAUUCCACUAUUAAUGGAACCCAAGCAAUUGAACAUCCCCCAACUCUGUGAGCGCAGCCAAUCUUGAGACACAUUGUGUUUGGAGGGAGGGGUUAGGGGCAAUCCUGUUAGGGAGAACAGUUAGGGUCCUAUCAGGGGAAGAGGUUAGGGGUGCAGUCCUGUUAGGGAGGGGUUAAGGGUGGGGCCUUGUUAGGGAAGGGGUUAGUGAUGGGGUCAUGUCAAGGUAGGGGUGGGGUCAUGUCGGGGAAAGGGGUUAGGGGCAAUGCCCUGUCAAGGGUGGGGUUAGGGGCCCUGUGGGGGAUGGGUGGAGGGUUGAGCACAUGGUUAGUGAAGCCUGAUAUAACAAGUUGUGCUGCAGACAGAAAGCUAUAGCCACCUUCUUUCUCAGUAAAAGAAAAAGAUAAUCUGCGAGGAAUUCCUGAACAUCUGACAUGGAGACACCCCCUCCCCCACCCUUCCCGGUUCCCAACCCACAGGUGAGACUGAACUGGCAGGUGACAUGAAGGCAAGGUUUCAAAAUGGAAAUUUUCAGACCCCCUCAUUUUCCACAAUAACCAUUUUCAUGUACUUUUCAACCUGUUUUAUUAUCUAUAAAUGUUUGAUUUGAAACCUGGAGCCUUCCCUGAUUUUAUUGUACUUUUCUUGCAGUGGGAGAUGAUACAAAUGUGUUUAAGAGUUACAAGGCAAUGUUAAGAGUCCACUUAAUUGUCUCAGGUAUAAAGGGAGAUAUGCGUAACCUUAUACUUUACACAGCUCUCAGUUGGAGGAAGCGUGUAGUGAGUCCAGCACUGCUCUUGUAGCCAUGAGGUUGUGUCCAGUCAGGACAUGAAUGGCCAAAAUUCCCAUAUCGAUAAUACACGGUGACGGGUGCCCUUUGCUCUCCACAUGAUCAAGUGAUGCUCUUUCAUCUCUCAUGCCCUCUCCCCCCGCGAUGAUGUGAUGUUACUCUCCGGGAGGGAGGUUGCGAAGAGCGUUGGAGUGUGUAUAUUCGAUGUGAGGGAGGUGCAGGAAAUGCAAUUUUGACCCAGCAGUUCGGCAGGGCAAGUGUGUUAGUGACAAAGUGUGUUUGGCAAUUGUUAACAUGAGUAGUGCAGACAUAUUUAAGUGGAUUUAAUAGGAAAUUCAAGAGAUUUGGGUAGGUGUACAAGUUGGCAAUUAUACAGUUUAUAUUUAUGCAAAUUGUAAUGUAACUGGGCAAAAAGCAAACCCUGUUUCCAGGGGUCACACUGGGCAUCACCCUAUUUGCUUCUGUUUCACUAUAAUAAAAAUGUACAUCAAUAAAUUAGAGCGUUUUCAGCAUAAA